GUCAGUCUUACUUAGUCAAUUCAACUAUAAACUGGUGUUGUUGGUUGGUUAAAGAACUCUUGCUGAAUGCUGUUUACCUGAGUGUGGUGUGCUAUAGUUUUGUGUUGUUUAACUUCAAAAAAAAAAAUUUAUAAUCACUUUUCAAAAAUAUUUCUUAAACGUGGGCUAAUUUGACGCGUGUGACUUCCUUCACGCGCACAAAAAACUAUGGAAUUUUUACACAUAUUAUUUUUAUUAUUCUUUAAUACAGUGUUAAUCGCCGGCGAACCGUCAUUAACGAAAUGUGAACCAAUUCGUGUGGACUUAUGUCGUGGACUCGGUUACAAUGUUACCGGUAUGACAAAUGAUUUACAAGCGGAAGCGGAUUUAACCCUUCAAACUUUUACGCCCCUAAUUCAAUAUGGGUGUAGUGCUCAAUUACAUUUCUUCCUGUGUUCAGUGUAUGUGCCCAUGUGUACCGAGAAAGUGGCAAAUCCUAUAGGACCGUGUCGCAGUUUAUGUGAAUCUGUACGAUCCAGAUGUUUUCCUGUACUCCAAGGAUUUGGAUUCUCAUGGCCGGCUGCUUUGAAUUGCAGUAACUUCCCAAAAGAGAAUAAUCAUGAAAAUAUGUGUAUGGAAGGACCAGCUGAAGUAGUGUCAAACCCACCAAAUUUAUCUCCAGUGAUAACUGGUGGUUUGAAUCCAAAUUUUGGUGUUACAAAAACGAAAUUAUUGCAAAGCGGUGGAACAUCGACUGGUUUCUCAACGCAAUGCCCACGGUUGCAUAUUUACGUUAAUCGUAGUGGUAAAUGUGCGCCGUUAUGUGAUGCAGAUAUCUUUUGGGAUGAGGCAGAAAAAAGUUUGGCUGAAGUUUGGUUACAAACAUGGUCCAUUAUGUGUUUUACAUCUUCGGUGCUUGCAUUACUUAGUUUUUUGGUUGAACCAAGCCGUUUUCGUUAUCCAGAACGACCGUUAGCGAUAUUGGCAUUGUGCUAUUUAUUAUGUGCCGUGGGUUGGGGUGUACGAGCAUUAGCUGGACGUCGGGCGGUAGCAUGUCAACAUGAAAUAUCUGAAUCAAGUGAUCCAAACAGUUUGGGACAUUAUGGUCAUGUUCUAUUGGCACAAGAUGGCUUAGCUAAUCCGAAUUGUGCUGUUGUAUUCUUUUUAUUAUACUAUUUUGGAAUGGCUGCAAAUGUAUGGUGGGUGCUAGUAUGUUUAUGCUGGACCUUAGCUGUUUAUAAACGAUGGACUCACGAACAUAUACAAUCACAUUCAUCUCUAUUACAUUUUAUUGGAUGGGGUUUACCAGCCGUGCAAACUGCGAUUGUUUUGGUACGACAUGCUGUGGAUGCUGAUGAACUUAUUGGAAUAUGUUAUGUUGGAAAUCAAGAUCCAGAUUCCUUAAUACUCCUGGUAUUAACCCCACAAAUUGUCUACUUAGUCGCUGGUGUUCUAUGCUUAACUGUUGGAUGUGUAUCGUUAUGGACACGCUCUCCAGCACCCCCACAAAAUAUAGCCGUCUCACAACCAUUAACUGGUGGUCCACAAUUACUUCGAGCCCGAACUCAUCAUAUGCAAUCAACAAAAUCAUCUGGAUUAGUAAAAUUAGGAGUAUUUGGAGCAUUAUAUGCAUUCCCGUUGGCAUGUGUAAUCGCUAGUGAAAUUCAUGAAUUAUGGGCACGACAACAUUGGAUGAAUUUUGGAUUGCCACAACCUUCAAUGAUGUCAAUGUCCAGAACAAGUAUCCCAGUUCAUCCAUAUUUAUGGGUUGCGUUGUUGAAGAUUUUUAUGUCGUUGAUAAUUGGAGUUACUGCCAUCGCAUGGGUUUGGUCUACGAAAACUCUACGUGCAUGGCAAAAAGUAUUCCGUACCAUAUUAGAACCAGCUGGUUAUAAACAACCACCGGUGAAAUCGGUUUCAAUUCCUCCAUUACAUUCAACACAAACGUUACAUUAUUGUACACCAGCGGCGCCACUAUCAGCGGUUUCAAGUAGUGGAAGUCGUCACACGUCAAAAUACAGUAAUGUGACGCAUGCGUCAGCGUAUCGUACAAAAUCAAAUCGUAAGCAUCAUAAGUACACAGGAAGCGAAACGAUUUUAUAAAGAACUGAUUUUUGGGUGUAAAU